AUGGUUUCUGGCAGAAUAAUUAAGCUGGUGUUUUUUGAGCUUCUUGAGUUUGCUGCCUUCUCCGUUCCUACCCUUGUGAUGAUGGAAAAGUUUGCCCAUGAGUAUCAGAAAACAAAGAACGGAGUUGAAAGAACACACUAUUGGCUCAUUGUUUCCUGCUCCAUUGCCUAUGUGGCUGCAGUGAGUCUCUUGAUCUGGGUUCCGAUAAAAGUUAUCUUAUUCAAGAAACGGCAUCUUUACAAAAAAAUUGUAGGAUGGAGACCUGUUCUGAUGAUGUGCGUGGUGCUCACCACCCUUCCCAGCUUCAGCUUUUCCAUAGCAGCCACCGAGGUUCAAAAGAAUGGCAGCGUGUCAGUUCCAGUUUUACCGACUGACCCCACCUGUGACCUGCCAGUGUCUCUGAUUCUAUUAUCCCUGAUCGUUGUUGACAUUGUUGAGAGACUCAGGAUAUACCCUCUAAGGGGGCGUCAAGAGAGCUAUGAAGACAAAAACAUCUAUAUAACGACUUUGCAGCAGAUAAAAACUGUGACGGAACAGGUGGGACGUGGUGAUGAGAAUCCUGCACCUGCCCAGGCAGCCAAGCCCACCAUGAUGUCCGUACCUCCCACCAACAUGGGUGCGCUGGUGGGGCCCAUCGAUCCCUCCUUUGACUCUGGAAUCCAGAGGACGAUGUCUCACAGAGAUGUCCGGGCCGAGCUGUUUCUUAGAAGUUUCCUCACAUGGUCGGACACUAUAGAAAUGAUGCGUGUGGCUGGGCUCCCACGUGUGUACCAGUCAGGCUGGGUGUACCCGGUCUACAUAUUCAGUUUUAUCUCUCUCCUACGAAUGGUCUUCACACCUAAGAACCCUCUUCUCAGCUUCCUAGGGGUCCUGCUGCAGGAUUUCCCCUUUAUUAUCCUUAGACUCAGCUUAAUCACUACCCUGGGGACAAUCACGCCAGUGCUGGGCCUUUGUAAAAACAUCCUAGUGACUUUCUCCUAUAUUUACUUCAAUCAUUUAACCAAGUUCAGGCCUUUCUCAGCCUUUGAAACCUCCCCGUUUUAAGCAUCAAAUGUUGAGAGUAAGUCCUCCUGGUUGUAAAGUCUUUCCAGGCAUAAGCUGUUGCACCAUAUAGAAUGAACCACUUCCAAACUGUAAACACAUGUAAAUGGUGCUACAUUUAAGCAAAGUCAUAUUCUUCCAAAUUGCCUCUUCCGGGCUUCUAGAAACUUUAGUCGUUGAUUUUAGUCAUGUCUAUCCCACUUUUUGCUAGAAAUAACCCCUCAAUAAAGCCUUUUUAAGUGGUGGGAACCGUGAGCUAGCUUAAGAAUGAGAUUUUUA